GCCAGGCCGCAGAUUCCGCCGGUCGGCAGUGUCCGGCGCCAUACCGGCAGGGGAUGGACAUGUGGACGCCGUUGCUGCUCGCGUUGCUGGGCGCGUCCCGGGCGUUCGGGUACGGCUAUGAGGAACAUUGGUUCACCACGCAGGUGGACCACUUCAGUUUCGCCAACAACGACGUCUUCAAGAUGCGCUACCUGGUGAACGACAGCUGGUGGGACGGCGACGGCGGUCCCAUCUUCUUCUACACCGGCAACGAGGGUGACAUCGAGCUGUUCCUCGAGAACACGGGGGCCAUGUUCGACAUAGCGCCGGAGUUCGGCGCGCUGGUGGUGUUCGCCGAGCACCGCUACUACGGCCAGUCGCAGCCGUACCCGAACGUCUCGCUGUCGGACCCAGCGCGCGCCGGCUUCCUGACCUCGGAGCAGGCGCUGGCCGACUACGCCGACCUGCUGACGCACCUGCGCGCCACGCUGCCGGGGGCGCAGGCCAGCCCCGUCAUCACGUUCGGCGGCUCCUACGGCGGCAUGCUGGCCGCCUGGUUCCGGGUCAAGUACCCGCACGUUGUCCAGGGGGCGAUCGCGUCUUCGGCACCGAUUCUGCAGUUCACGGGCAUCACGCCGUGCGAGGCGUUCGGCCAGGUGGUGACGCGCACCUUCGGCAAGGAGGGUGACAUGUGCCCCCGCGUCAUUCGCAAGUCCUGGGACGCCAUCGACCGCCUGACCGCGGACCAGGAGGGCAUGGACUGGCUGAGCGACGCCUGGAACCUGUGUAGUCCGCUGAACAGCUCCCAGCUGACGGACUUCAAACAGUGGCUUAACGACAUGUACACCAACUUCGCCAUGAUCGACUACCCGUACCCGGCCAGCUUUCUCUCCCCGCUGCCCGGCUACCCCGUCAAGGUGGCUUGCUCGUACCUGCACGACGACCACGGGAACGACGACCGCGCGCUGCUCACCAACAUCUACGACGUCAUCAAUCUGUACUUCAACUACACCGGCGCCGCCGACUGCGUGGAUACCGGCAGCCAGGGCACGUCGUCCCUGGGCGACGACGGCUGGGACUUCCAGGCCUGCACGGAGAUGGUGAUGCCCAUGUGCUACGACGGCGUGGCGGACAUGUUCGCACCAUCGCCGUGGAACCUGGCCGAGUACACGGCUGCCUGCCGCGCGCGUCACAACGUGCAGCCACGCCCGCUGAUGGCGCCGCUGCUGUAUGGCGGCCUCAAUAUCACCGGCAGCAGCAACAUCGUGUUCGCCAACGGCCUGCUUGACCCGUGGUCGUCGGGAGGUGUGCUGCGCUCCCUCUCGGACUCGCUCGUGGCCGUCAUCAUCCCGAACGGAGCUCAUCACCUGGACCUGCGCGGCUCGAACCCGGCCGACCCGCCAGACGUCAUCGAGGCGCGCCGCGUGCAACGCGAGUUCAUCGGCGUCUGGAUCAAGCAGUACGAGAAGGUCAAGGACCGCAACGCCUUCAAUGCCGCCAAGAAGCGGUGGUGAGGCGGCGGUACAGGGAGAGGAGCUGUCGCACGCGCGUUUAUAGACCUCACUGUACGUAAGGAUGGGCGAGCGCUCUCUGUGUGACGGAGGAGGCCAGCACUUGGGCUUUUUGCGGUGCCAAAUACCAAUUCUUGAAAAGGAUGUCAGGGCACCAAUGUACGCUCCGUACUGACGAGUGUGGUGUCGGCCGAAUGAUAAACGCUUUUUAAUGGCGACAUGCACUGUUCCGAGAGUACACACAAGAGCUGACUGCCGA